AUGGCCGAUGGCCAGCCGGCGCCGCCACGGCCGGUGGUGGUGGUGGAGAUGAAAGGUCACCCGGGGUCCGGCAAGUCCACGGCGGCGCGCGCCAUCGCGGCCGCGCUUCGCUGCCCGCUCCUGGACAAGGACGAUGUCAGGGACUGCACGCUGCCCCUAGAGGGCAUGGCGGCUGCCGGGAUGCUCAACGACCUCUCCUACGCCGUGCUGUGGCGGAUGGCCGAGCGCCAGGUACGGCUCGGUCUGUCUGUUGUCAUCGACUCCACACUGUCACGCCGCGCUCACCUCGACGCGCUGACACGCCUGGCCGGUGCGCUUGUCGUCGUCGUGGAGUGCCGCCCUGGUGAUAACGAGGAGUGGCGCCGGAGGCUGGAGAAGCGUGGGGUGGCUGUGCCCAAUGGUGGUGGUGAUGGAUGGCAUAAGCCGAAGACGUGGGCAGAGCUGGAGAGGCUUCUUGAAGGGUACCAAGGUUGCACAGACUAUGAAAUUGAGGAUGUGCCGAGGAUUGUGGUCGAUACAACUGAUCCGGCGGUUGAUGCGCAGGCAAUAGCUGCAAAGUUCAAGAUGGCUGCUGGCCUAAAACCAGGGGUGCCUGUUAUUCUGCGGGAGCUGGAGCCAUCCUCGGAGAUGUUCAAGCAAGGAGCGUCCCUUCGAGUCACAGGAAGUCUUCAGUCAUUCGACGUGGACUCUGCAACUGCUGUCAUUCAAGACGGCAGCGUGAGGUUGGAGGUUGACACCCAACAUCUGAGGGACAUCAGUUUCCGCAUGAAUUCAGCGUACCAGUUCAUUGGUGAACUUCAGAUCCGUGAAGACAAUGAUGCGAUUCUACUAGCGCGCAUUGGAAGGAACGUCGAUGGCCUCGACCUGAACCUUUACCAGCAGGCUCUACUCAUCCGACGGCAGCACGAAGCAAAGCUGCUGAGCUCCAGGACCAGGAGAGCAUGA